CUUAGGUUGAAUAACAGCUGCAAAAAUAUUCAAGCGUUCAGAACAGAUACAAGGCAUUAUAGUGCACUAUUUUAUAAUAUAAGAAAAAGUAUACCACCAAAAAAUCUGAAGUCUGAGUAAAAAAGUUCCUAAAUCUCUUAAUGGAGUUGUAUAUUGAGCAAAUAUUCAUUCUAAAAUACAUCCCUUUUUUGGCUAAGAGAAAACGGAAUAAACCAUAUACCUGCACUAAGUGUACAAAAUUAUGGAAAAUUCACUAGAAACGAAAAUGGAUUUGCCUGCUACGAAAUUUUAUAAAAAAAGAUGGAUAAUUUUGCUUAUAUAUGUGUUGUAUUCAGCAGCCAACUCGUUUCAAUGGAUGGAGUACUCCAUUAUUGCCAACAUCGUAAUGAGAUUUUACGACGUGGAUGCGAGUGAUGUAGACUGGACAUCGAUUAUUUACAUGCUCAUUUACCCCAUUAUUGUCAUACCUGUGUCGUACUUUAUAGAGAAGAAGGGUUUAAGAUUUGCUGCCCUUUGUGGCGGUCUCGGUACGGCACUGGCAGCUUUUAUAAAAGUAUUUUCAGUCAAGAGAGGAUUAUUUUAUUUGGUACUGUUAGGACAAGGUAUCGGAUCAACUGCUCAAGUGUUCGUACUGAGCUUGCCUUCAAAAAUUGCAGCAGUUUGGUUUAAACCAGAAGAAGUAUCCACUGCAUGUGCUUUGGCAGUAUUUGGUACUCAAAUAGGAUUUGCAUUGGGUUUUGUAGUACCGUCCAGCUUAGUUAAAAAUCACGAUGAUCUAAAUCUGGUAGCUUGGGAUCUAAAAAAAUUAUGCUGGAUAAUAACAAUCUACAUGAUACCUGUAGGAAUUUCGGUAAUAUUUUUUUUUUCUAAGCAGCCUCGAAUUCCACCAACUCUAGCUCAAUGGGAAGAACGUCAUAAAAGAAAAUUGAAUUUUUCAAAAUAUUUAAAACAUUUUUCCAGUCUGUUCUCAAACCAUGGUUUUGUCUGUCACACUAUAGCCUACGGUAUAAACAUAGGCGUAUUUGCUGCAAUUGGAACUUUGCUGAAUCAGUUCAUUUUGGAAUAUUUCCCGAAUUCUGAGGAAGAUGCUGGUAGAAUUGGCUUAAUCAUGGUGCUUGGAGGUAUUUGUGGAUCAGUGGUUUUUGGAGUGGUUCUAGAUAAAACUCAUAAAUACAAAGAAACCACUGUGUUCGUCUAUUGUGGAGCAGUAAUUUCUCUGAUUGGUGCUAUGUUUUCUUUAUUGUCUGAGUCAAAAUUACUCGUCUAUAUUGUCUUUGGAAUAGUAGGGGUUUUUACAAACGCCUACAUGCCUGUAGGAUACGAACUAGCAGUUGAAAUAACGUACCCAGCAGACGAAAGUACCACCACAGGAAUAUUAAACGCCACCACGCAAGCUUUUGGAGUUAUAAUAACUAUAUUUCUGGGUAAAUUCAACUCGCGCUUUGGAGCAUUUUGGUCUUUGGGAAGUCAAGCUGCUUUGCUACUUUUAGGAGCUGUUCUGACUUGCUUCGUUCCAAAUAAGAAACUACGCCAAGAGAAGUUCUUUCAAGAAAAAAUUGCGCGAAAUGAACUUCAGAUACUUAAAGAAAAUGAAAAAUGACGCAUUUUUUAUUUUGAAAAUCUAAUUUAGUAUUCAAUAUUCAAUUCAAUGACAAAGGGUAUUAAAAUAGAUCCAAAUUUUAUUUUACUCGUAUUAUUUAAAGAAUCUAGAUAACAAAAUUUCUCGAAACUUGGAAAAAAGUGAAGUGAAUUACUUAAAAUAACUUGAUUCACUUAAAUUCCAGCAGUUGCCUAUUACUGAUUUUCAUAAUAAAAUAAACAUUCAUAGAUAAAUAUUAUUGUACUUGAGUUUUGGAAUACAGGCAAUAUAAAUACAUC